GGCAGCCUCCCAACCAACUCAAUCAAUGAGGAGGCUACCUCCCAACCAACUCAAUCAAUGAGGAGGCAGCCAACCCACCCCCUCUCCCUCUAUAUAAAGGGGCUUGGCAGCCCACUCCCUCCUCACUUGCUCUCAUUUCCCACUCUCCACUCCUCUCCACUCCUCUCCUUUGCCUCAUUUCUUUUCACUCCCUACUAUUUCCUCCACUCCCUCACACUCUCCUCCUCCACUUCACCACGAAAAUGGUGCUCCCCUUGCUCCCAUGGCCGGCCAUAGCCAUGGCAAGCCACCAAGAUGAAGCUCUCCCCCUCCCUCAAGCUCAUCCUCACCAUGAGAGCCUCCCUCUCCUUCUUCUCCCUAACCUUAGAUGGUUUAAUCUCCUCUUCUUCUCCCUCCAUUGCUAAGAUUGGAUCUUGAUGCAGGUGCAUGUUGGUCCAAGCAUGGAGAAGAUUCUGGUACGAUCUUGUAAAAUCCGCCAAAUCUCGUGUGAAGAUCCAAAUCGAGUGGUUCAAAGUUCUGCAGAUAGAUCAAGAUCUGGUCAGAUCUGACUUUGUCGAAUUAAAUCAGGAGCUUGGAAACGAAUUUUUGAAGGAAGCCAGUUGGGGGAUGUUUGGUUUAUACUAUGGUGAUAACCGAGAGAGGCAAUUGCUAAGUUGUGAUACUCUCAUACCUUUACUAGACGCGAGCAAUUCCGGAGAAGAAGAAGAAGUGGAAUUGGACAAGGAUUUUAUUUAUAUUGUUGGGAUUCUUAUAUUGAUGGAGUUGAAGAAGUACAGGGACAAAUAACCCAAGGCAAGCCAUCUUUUGAUCUCUGAUCCGGUGUCUAGUUGGAUGUCAUUUGUUUAUGUUCAAAGCGCCUUCAUUCUAUGUGUGUUAUUAUCUCUAUUUAUGUCAUCUAUGUGUGAUUGCAAGUGGGGUACUCCCUAGUGGUGAUGCUCCACUAUUGUCCUUGUGUUAUGGGAUGCAUGGUAACAUGGCCGUGCUAUUCCACUUGGUGAUCUUGUAUGCUCAACUUGAGCAUGUUCCAUCUCAAGAUAUUAACUUACACCACACCCACCCCCUUUGUAGUAUAGAGGUAUCAAUGUCAUGAUUUUGGUGUAUUCUCAACUUGAGAGGAGUAUGCCGUGUACCAUCUUGGAGAAUAUGUUGGAUAGUGACACUCCACUAUCUAAGUUGUGUAUUAGCACCACAAAUCUGAGAGUAUAUUCCUCCUUGUGUUGUCAUAAUACAUGCUUACCUUAAGCAAGUAUGAUCCACUCCACUACCCCUUUAUACCUCAUCUAUGGCGGGAUGACUCUCAUCUCGGCCGUAGUGCAAUACUAGUUCAACUCAUGAAACUAUAGGUUGGGAACCCCUCAAGGUUUUCCUUGUUGUAAAUGUUUAUGAAAACCUUGGGUGAGGUAAUCUUACCCAAGCGUAUGGUUUAUGAAAGGAAAGGAUCUUGACAAAGAUGGUUGGAAAGAGGAAAUGUGUGUGUGACUUGGGUUUUUGAGAAAAACGACACAUGGUUCUCUGUAUUCGCCCGGAACAAUUAACCCGCGCAACCACACUACUCCAACGUGGGCACGGGGCUUAGCUUGACGUUUGUUCUUCUUAGCAUGAGGCACCGCACAACUAUACAAGGGUACGGUUACCCCCGAGUCCGGGUUGUCGUAGUUGGAGACAAUCGUAUAACGGGAGGCCUUCGGGGCUGACCCGUCCGGAAGACACUAUGGGUCUCCUGGCUUGGCGGUGGAGCCACGCUCAAAGGGAGGUGAGCUGCCACGGUGCCGGGGAGGUACAUACUCCAUAGGGUAGGACCUCUUGCUAAGUUGAAUAGGCGAAAGGCUUCGACUGAUUAUCCGAGACUCGCAUACUUUCGUAUGACGAACUGGGGAUGAUCCCGGCGGAUUUAUCAGAUCUUGUGGGGAAAGUGCGCACACUCUGCAGAGUUAAAACUAUUCGAAUAGCCGCGUCCGCGGUCAUGGACGGUUGGGAUGGCCGUUACCGAGCUGUGUCGAGUUUUGGUUUAGAAAAUGAUUUCCAAAGGAAAUGUGUGUGUUGGAUGUACCGGAAGGGUACGGAAAGGCUGGUGCCGACCAUAUGGAGAUGGUCGAGGAAAAUGAAACAAAAUUGGGUGACCCUUCCUAGUGUUUCAUGUAGAGGGACUCUUCUUCAACAAAGAUAUAGAGAUGUCGUAGUUUAUCUUUUGAAGUAUCUUCUUCAACAAAGAUAUAGAGAUGUCAUAGGACUUUCCUAAUAUCCCCAUCAAUUGAUGGCGGUAUGCUACCUCUUCUUUAACAAAGGUAUAGAGAUGUAAUAGGACUCCCUUAGUGUCCCCAUCACUCGAGAUGCCGGGAUGCUAUAUCCACAAGAGAAACUAUUUCUCUUCCACAUGCUACAUCCACGAGAGAAACUAUUUUUCCUCUCUUGCCUUCUCUAGUUAGAAUUUUUAUCACCUUCUUGAUGGUUUGCGAGUACAAUUCCAAAUGUACUCACGGCUUUGUCCCUGGCUAUUUACUUGGCCAGACUUGAAGGAGUUCGACAGAUGAAGAAGGAGUUGACGAUGUCUAUGCGGGCUAGGAACGUCUCCCCAGUCAGUUGCCUGUAGGGUUAUGGCAGAUGACUUGGGUACUGCGCUACUGAAGUGAUGAUGCUACUCUGAUGUUUAGUUAGGCCCUUCGAGGCUAUUAUGUAAGUAUUGGUCAUGUGACCAUGUUGUAAUUUUCUUAUUCCGCUUUGUAAUGGAUGGUGUAAUUUGAUAUCGGUUCGGUUAUGUGUUCACGGCGCACUGAUCAUGGGAUCGUGAACUGUAUACAUAACAGGGUAUUUCGGACAGCUAGUCCGGGGUCCCCAAAGAGCUGGUAUCAGAGCCAUCCUGACUGUAGGAGACCUUAGUUAGCAUGGACGUUAGUUAGGAAACAAGUACUUGGACAAAACUAUUUACAAAACAAAUUGUUUCUUUAGUCGGAAGUAUAGCUUCUACUCCUCUUAUUUA